AUGCCUGCUGAUAAGGAUGCUACCCUGCAAAAAAUUCUUGACACCCUUGGAAUGACACAGCAAACCGUCAGCCCAAUCCCUCCUCCGAAUAAUGCAACCACGAAGCCUCCAAGAACGGUCAAGCCCGAUGAGAAUUCUUUACCUACUUCUACGAUGGCCCCAUUUUCUGUCUCUUCAGAGAGUUUCGGGGACAGGACCUUGGAUCAACAACAUGCUACCAGUCCGCCCUUAACUGAGCAAGGUCACUGUUUACCGGAUUCGGCUUUGUCGUCAAUUCCACAACCCAAUGGCUCUUCAAUCAUUGCAUUUGAAGGUGAUCAGUCCGUCUUGAGUCUCUUUGCAGAAGACAGCCCGGGCAGUAUAUUCAACGCCUGGCUUUUUGACCUAGACUUCGGUACACACUUUACGCCGUAUGCGUCCGACAUGCUGCAACAACAACAACAACAACUUGUCUUGAGCUCUUCGCCCGAUGAUGGACUUGCUAUACCACCAACGGCCCAAGCAGAGUCUAUCGAAACUGUUUAUAGCGAAAGUAGCUCUACCCUUCUCAAGGAAUCGGCCAGCACCUCCGACAUUGAAGGCCUGGUUGAUGAGAUCUCCGACCGGGUUGGUACCUUAAAGAUUGGCCCUGGAGGGAAGACACGUUUUUAUGGGCCAACAUCCACCUUCAAUUUGAGGGAAAUGCCAUCCCCGGACAGUUAUGAAGCCGAUCGGCCAAACCCCACCUAUCAUUAUGGGACAGAGGAAGAAAUUCCUGCGUCUGUGGAAGAUCAUCUUCUCGACCUUUAUUUCACCUGGCAGGACCCGUCAUUCCAUGUCGUUGAUCGACAUAUCUACGAAGAAGCAAAAGAAAAGUGGAAAAACAGGGAAGAGACUCCUUUCUAUUCAGAGGCACUGCGGAACGCAAUGUGUGCGCUUGGUAGCGCUUUUGAAUCUCGAUACCAUCCGACUGUUAUCACGUUCCCGAAGACGCUUGUUGAGUUUUUUGGCGAUCGUGCGAAGUCAAUACUUGAAACAGAAUUGGAUUCUCCUUGUGUUGCAACCAUUCAAGCAAUGGUCAUCUUGAGCGGCCAUGAGAUUGGAAACGGAAGAGAUGCAAGAGGGUGGCUAUAUAGCGGAUCGGCGCUGAGGCUGGCAUUCGAUCUUGCUUUGCACCUUGACAUGUCUAGCUACGUGUCUGCGGGGAUGAUGUCGGCUGCCCAUGCAGAGCUUCGCAGGACAGUCUUCUGGACCGCAUACGUUGUUGACCAGUUUGUCAUACCCUCCCACUACGUGUACUUGAGUAGACCCUUUCGCACCAGCAUGGAGGAUGUGACGGUUGGAAAGCCCUGUCAAAAUGCAGGUUCCAGAGGGCAUUUCGAAUGGACACCCUGCGAGCCGUCGUCUUCUGCCAGCCGCGACUCUGGCUUGCUGGAUAUCAAAGAUGAGAUCAGCCAACAACUAAUUUCCCUCUGCGAGCUGAUGGCCCCAUGCGGGUAUAUCCUAUACGGUACCUCCAGCAUCUCAAAAGAGGUUCUCCAAGAGCUCAAUGCGAAAAUUGUCGCCCAGCUCCAGAGGUGGAAAGCUGCCCUUCCGCCUAUUUUACAGAUUGAUCUUGACAACGUCACCUCGCCAUACCUUCCGCAUGUGCUGCUUCUUCAACCAUGGAUAUCAAAAAGCUACCUACAACCGCAACCACCAAGAGGACCCGGAUAUAUGCACGCCCGCGAAAUGUGCAUCCAAUCUGCCAUCACAAUCUCCAAAAUCCUCAAUCUGUACGAGUCUCACUACACGCUCCGUCGAAUCAAUGUACAAGCAGUUUCCAUCACAUCCUCCGCCAUCCUAUUCCUCCUCUUCGCCGCCGUCUCGAAUUACCCCUCCCGCUCUCAAGACAAUAUCUCACUGUAUCUAACGACAUGUUUCAGAGCCUUGGACGAGUUCGCUCUUUCCUGGAAAAGUGCCCAGAGAGCAAAAGACCUUUUAGUUGGUUUACAGCGUCAAUGGGAUCUACGGACGCGGUCUAAUAAACUGCGACAGCAGGCUGACGGGGCGCUGUUUACUCCGCGGAAACGGUCCAAGACUUCUAGCGGACUUUAUCAGAUGGCGCCUGUUUCUCAUGAUUAG